AUUCAGGACUGCAGGAAGAACAGAGUGUGCGCCUGUCGAUGAAUGAAACCGAACGGCAAACUUCAUUCAUUCAUUCAUUCAACUUUUCGACGAAAUUUGACUGUUCGACAAGCAUUACAUGUUAGCUUGCUCUGCCAGGUGUAUGUGUGCAUGUUUGUCACCGUAGCUGGACAUCUUCACUUGAAAGUGUGUGCACUCGUCUGUGCGCGUGCAUACCCAACUCCAGCUGCAGCCCAGUGUGUGUGUGUAUGUGUGUGAAGAGCCCGUGAGUGCCAUGUCAGUGUCAGUGAUCAUAAAGUGGGGAGGUCAGGAGUACUCCAUCAGUUCUCUGUCUGAGGAGGACACAGUGAUGGACCUGAAACAGUCCAUUAAGACCUUGACUGGGGUGCUGCCAGAGAGACAGAAACUACUGGGACUCAAGGUCAAAGGUAAACCUGCAGAGGAUGAGGUGAAGCUGGGCUCUCUGAAGCUGAAGCCUAACACUAAGAUCAUGAUGAUGGGUACCAGAGAGGAGAGCCUGGAAGAGGUUUUAGCCCCUCCCCCAGAGAACGAUGAUGUGGUCAAUGAUUUUGACAUUGAAGAGGAGGUCAUUGAAGUGGAGAACAGAGAGGAGAACCUGGCUAAAAUAGCCCGCAGAGUAAAAGACUACAAGGUGGAGGAGCUGAACCCUCCCAGAGAAGGAAAGAGGCUUCUGGUUCUGGAUGUGGACUAUACACUGUUUGAUCACAAGUCGUGUGCAGAAACGGGUCAAGAGCUGAUGAGACCAUACCUUCAUGAGUUUCUGACAUCAGCCUAUGAGGACUAUGACAUUGUCAUCUGGUCUGCUACAAGUAUGAAGUGGAUUGAUGCCAAAAUGAAAGAGCUGGGAGUGACAGACAACCCUAACUACAAGAUUACGUUCAUGCUGGACAGUGCAGCAAUGAUCACGGUACACACCCCUAAGAGAGGGGUUGUGGAGGUGAAGCCCCUUGGUGUGAUAUGGGGAAAGUAUGGAGAAUUUUACAACAGGAAGAACACCAUAAUGUUCGACGACAUCGGACGAAACUUUCUCAUGAACCCACAGAACGGACUAAAGAUCCGACCCUUCAUGAAGGCCCAUCUUAACAGGGAGAAGGACAGGGAGUUGUAUAAACUGGCUCAGUACCUCAAAGAAAUCGCCAAGCUUGAUGACUUCAGUGGACUCAAUCACAAACACUGGGAGAGGUACCUAUCUAAGAGGCAGCACCACUGAGGAGGGACCACAUCCUCGGCCAAGACUCGGCUGGAUGCUACCAUCCCAUCAUCCAGCUCUUACACACGUGCACACAAACUUGGCUGUUACAAAUCCUUCAUUUCAAACGACAGAGCCUACACUAACCCUCCAGCUCCCAACACUCAAAAGCUCAGGACCGAGAUGGGCUUCCCAGUUUCUAUAUUUGCAUGUUCUCUGUUCUCUCCCAAAUCACAACAUUUUUUUGUGUUAUUUUUCAAAUGGUUAUGUUUUUUACAAUAAUAAUUGCAGUUACUCCCUAGGUCUGAGGCCACAUGCCACUACUACAUACCUACUUCAGUCAGGUGUCUAAAAUACAUCUUGAAAUCCACAGUUAAAUAGUACCUGAAAAUAUCUUUUAAAAAUGCUUGAUCUUCCAGAUGGGUGGUGUUUACAGCAUUUUCACAUUACUAAAUGUGAAAAAACUUCUAAAAAGUAGAAAAUACAAAUAUCAUUUCAACACUGUUAAGGUCAAUAAGCGGUGUCCACCACCCCUCUACGAAGCUUCAGUUUACAUCUUGGAGAAAAAGGGAGCGAAAAGAAUUAAAUGUGAAAUUCGACAAAAAAUAAUUGGACUAAGUUUACACCAAGUAUCUAAAAUUGGGUUCAAGAAUUGAGGAUUUAUCGAUUUAACAAGUUUGAUUUUUUACUGCAGUAUAUGCAGCAAGAAUAUUCUGUGCAAAUUGUCAUGAAGAAAUAAAGUGAAAAAUUGGAAUUGCAGAAUGUGUUGAGAGCAAUGGUCAAAAUCAAACAUAAAUGAAAGUCCUCGAGCACCAAGCUGACACCUGCAACCCACAAUUUGAUAAUGAUAUGCAAGAAACCUCAAAGCUCCUGUUUCAUUAAAAGCUGUCGAGCUCAAAACUGGUUGUAGGGAAAAUACUUUGAACGUAACAAUUGACUGUCAUGUGCAUGUUUGGAUGGAAAGCUUGUUACUUGUAUGCAGGGGUCAUUGGACACUGGCCUGUGGGUUAGAGGAUGUCGUACAUGUACACUGUAUAAAAUGUCAGAAAAUGGUGAAAAAUGUGUUUCCCAAAGCCCAAGAUGACGUCCUCAAAUGUCUUGUUUUGUCUACAACCCACAGAUAUUCAGUUGACUGUCAUUUAAGAAGCUGGAAUCAGAGAAUUUUGACUUUUUCUUUUCUUAAAAAAAUUACUAAAAUAGAUUAAUCGAUUAUCGAUUAAUUUAACUACUAAUCGGUUAAUUGUUGCAGUCCUAUUUCCAUUGUUAUGUGCCGGCUCUGUUGCACCGCUGGACGCACACACUCAGAUACAUGCAAAGGAUCAGUUCUAGCUUUUGUUUUUUGAGGCAGAACUCAGUCUGUGCUUCUGUUCAAGCCUUGAUGAACUGUUUUGGUGCGUGGAUGACGGAUGGUGUUGGGAAUGCAAGAAACUGACAGCAAAAAAAACUUGCUUUUUAUGUGUUUUUUGUUUUUUGGAUAUCUUUUCCAAUAAUGAAUUUAAUGUGUCUGCACUUAUUGUCAAUGUUUAUUUUAAGUUAUGGAUGAAGAGGGGGAAGUGUUGGGGGAAGGUUUUUCCCCACCUCACGAACAAGAAGCACCUGAAGCUCUUGGAAACAUCAGGGAUGUGAUUUUCUUUUCAGAUUCAGUCAGGGUUGUAGCUCUCUUGGAUUUCAACUCCUUUUCAUUUCUUGAGAUGAGUUCUUGAAAUCUGCCUUUUUGUGUUUUCCUCGUCACAUCCCUGACGCCCUGGCUGUAAAUAUGACAAUAAACCUUUUUUUUU